AUGGCCUCUGUAAUAACAUCCCUCAAGUUUGCCGUCCUCAUUGACGCCGACAAUGCCAGUGCUUCCAUGGCUGGCCCUAUACUCACAGAGAUCGCCAAAUACGGCACAACUUUUGCCAAACGCGCCUAUGGCGACUGGACUGGGACAGCAUUAACCCAAUGGAAAGAACGUCUUCUUGAACAUUGUAUCCAACCAAUGCAGCAGUUUGCCUAUACCAAAGGGAAGAACUCGACCGAUUCAGCCAUGAUCAUCGACGCUAUGGAUCUUUUGUAUUCCAACAAAUUCAACGGCUUUUGUAUUGUUUCCAGUGAUAGCGACUUUACACGACUGGCUUCUCGAAUACGAGAAUCUGGAUUGGUGGUUUUUGGAUGUGGUGAAAGGAAAACACCCAAGCCUUUUGUCACAGCUUGUGAUAAGUUUAUCUAUGUUGAGAAUUUGGUGUCAAUGACUGGGCCGGCCAAGUUUGAGAUUUCAGUAGCCGGUUCUGCUUCGUGUAUAGCAGGGCCUAUUAGCGUCGGUCCAUCGAUUGGUACAUCUCUAGGAGAUCCAGGAGUCAGCACAACAUCAACCAACCAAAGCGAAAGGAACACGGGUCGGAUUGAUACUUCGACUAAAACGAAACAACUGGAGACGUCUCAGAUAUCUGAACAUCCAAUACAUGGCAACUCAACAGCUGAACCACAGCUAAUUGAUGCCAUAGCGAUUGGGUGGUUGCGAGAAGCUGUAGAAGUGUCUUCAGACGAUGAUGGAUGGGCUCUCCUUGCAGAAGUUGGUGUACUUAUGGUUCAGUGGCAUUCUGACUUUGAUCCUCGCACAUAUGGAUGUAAAAAGCUAAGCAUGUUGUUGAGAUCUACAGGUCGUUUUUCAGUAGUACAACGACAUCUUCAAAAUAAGAAGUCGGAUGCAAUGUACGCCCGGUGGCUCAAUGGAUAA